GUCGGGCCGCACUUCUAGUUGGUCCAGCUACAUCCACUGGCAGGAUGUCGGAGGUGCGGCUGCCACCGCUGCGCGCCUUGGACGACUUCGUUCUGGGGUCGGCGCGUCUGGCGGCCCCAGAUCCGUGCGACCCGCAGCGGUGGUGCCACCGCGUCAUCAACAACCUCCUCUACUACCAAACCAACUAUCUUCUGUGCUUCGGCUUCGGUCUCGCUCUGGCCGGGUACAUGCGCCCACUUCACACCCUCCUAAGCGCACUGGUGGUAAUGGUGGCCCUUGGCGUGCUGGUGUGGGCCGCUGAGACCCAAGCAGCUGUGCGCAGAUGCCGCCGCAGCCACCCUGCCGCCUGCCUGGCCAUAGUGCUCACAGUCAGCUUUCUCAUCCUCUGGGCGGUGAGCGGCGCUUGCACCUUCCUGCUCAGCAUUGCCGGGCCUGUGCUUCUGAUCCUGGUGCACGCCUCACUGCGUCUGCGCAACCUCAAGAACAAAAUUGAGAACAAAAUCGAAAGCAUUGGACUCAAGCGGACACCAAUGGGGCUGCUGCUGGAAGCAUUGGGACAAGAGCAGGAGGCCGGAUCCUAGGGCCCUGGGAUAUGUACCCAAGUACUGCAGAAUAGUACCCCCUGCAUACCCAUACUGGGAACCCAGAGCCCUUUCCCAGCCUUUAAAGAGGCGCCCCCUACCCAGUUCAAAAAGCAGGGUAUCUGCAACCCUCUCUCCAAAUCCAAAACUGGCAUAAUAUUGCCUCAUACCCACUCAUUGCCUAGGGAACCCAUCAUCCCCAGCCCUGAGCUUGCGACCCAGAGCCAGUCCAAAACCAGGAUUUGGAGACCAGAGCAUCCAUGGCCCACCUCAAAGUUGACCCAGAGACACUCCUCCCAACUCCAAUUUGGGACCCACCCAUCUCCCAUGCUCAGCGCCAAAGCUGGGAUCUGGGACCAAGGGAGCCUCAAAUCUUGAACCCUGAACCAAGACUUUUCUAGACCCUACCCCAGCUUUGAACCUAGGUCAAGGCAUUGCCAAAUUCUUGCACCCCAGACCCAAGUGUUCCCAGCCCUUAUCUUGGGGGAAGAUUUAAAUAUUCUGACCCUGUUGGAACACUUGGGCCCAGAUGACCCUCACACCAGCCCCACUAGCCUCCCUCCAGCUCUGCGCAGGGAUUCUGCCCCCCUCCCCCAAGUUCCUCAGUGCUGAGGACCAAGAGGUGAGUGGCAGUAAGGUGGAGUGGCAGUAAGCCAAGAGGUGGGGCAUAUUUAUCAGUGUUCCCGCAACAAUAAAGGCUUUUGGCAUUGUUCAAGCCAGUCUGGGCCUCCUGAGUACUCUGUGUGUUCAAAGGCUAGAAGUGGCAGUCUGCCUUUCACUUCUGGGUGGGCCUCUCACAGCCUGGGGCCCUGUCAGACACGUGGGCUCAGUCCAUUCCUGGAACCUCUUACCUCUGGAGCAGUGUUAAUGUGCAAGGUAAUUAACAAGGAGCGUUUCUUAUCACCUGUAUCACUAAGGGCUCUUGUUCAAGACCGGCUAGGGAUCUGAGCGCACAUAGGCAAAGAAGUUGCCUCACAUCAUAAAGCAAGUAAAGCCAAAACGGAUGACAUUAUCACAGGCUGUUUCCAUGG